AUGGCUGCUGCCCCUCAGGAUAGUGUUGAGGAGAGUGGACGCAGUUUACAGGCAACCGAAUCCAGGCCCGGAGCUUUGGAUCCAGGGAAGACACGUCAGGUUUACAGUCCGAUCACCGACCAAGAUGAGGCAGUUAUAUCCCGGAUUGCAACCACCCUCUCUGUGCCUCCAGGGGCCCCGGGGGCUCCCCAAGCGCCGUUGAACACAAUAGAAGAGGAUGAUGUUAUGAACCCAAGCAGCGUCAGGUUUGAGCCCUACAAAUGGGCUCAGAGACGAUUGCGUCAGCUCGACGAAGAGGGGGUUCUUCGCCAACAUGCGGGCGUGGUGUUCAAAGAUUUAAAUGUAUCCGGAUCAGGCGCGGCGCUUCAGUUGCAGAACACUGUGGAUUCAGUCCUACUUGCGCCCUUUCGAAGCGACAGCUAUAGAGGUUUGAUACAGUCCUCUCCCAAAAGGCAGAUAUUGCAUAGCUUCGAUGGAGUGUUGAAGUCUGGUGAGAUGCUCAUGGUUUUAGGGCGGCCAGGCAGUGGCUGUUCAACCUUUCAAAAGGCGAUCUGUGGUGAGCUACACGGGCUAAAUAUCCACCCCGACUCCACCGUCCAUUACAAUGGAAUAUCGAGAGAGAAAAUGCAUGCAGAAUUCAAAGGCGAAUGCGUCUACAACCAGGAGGUGGACAAGCAUUUUCCCCACUUGACUGUCGGAGAAACACUGGAGUUUGCGGCCGCAGCUAGAACGCCAUCUCAACGACUUCACGGGGUUUCUCGAUAUGAUUUCAUAAAGGAGACCAGUCAGGUCAUCAUGGCAGUGCUGGGCCUUUCACACACAUACAAUACCAGAGUUGGCAACGACUACAUUCGAGGAGUGUCUGGUGGAGAAAGGAAACGUGUUAGGUAUGGUCCUUUUAAUUAUAAUUGUCCUUCGGCAUGGCUGACUGGAGACCAUACACCUCAUUUAGUCGCGAGAGCUCCAAUUGCUGCUUGGGAUAACAGUACUCGAGGACUUGACGCUGCCAGCGCUCUGGAAUUCGUUAAAGCGCUGCGGAUCUCCGCGGACCUUAUAGGUAGUUGCCACGCUGUGGCAACCUACCAGGCAUCCCAAGCCAUUUAUGACGUUUUUGAUAAGGUCCUGGUCCUCUACGAGGGGCGUCAGAUCUACUAUGGCAGCUGUACCGAAGCAGAGAAAUACUUCACAAGCAUGGGUUGGGUGAACCCACCACGCCAAACAACGGGGGAUUUUCUCACGUCAAUCACAAACCCGCAGGAACGCAAAGCACGCAGCGACAUGGAGGAUCGAGUUCCACGCACCCCGCAAGAAUUUGAGCAGUACUGGAAAAGAAGCCCCGAAUAUACUGCACUCCUCAAAGAAAUCAGCCAAUAUGAGGCUGAAUAUCCUCUUGGAGGCUGCGGGGAGAGAGAUUUGGCAGCUGCAAAGCAUUCUCAGCAGGCUAAACACGUCAGACCCCAAAGCCCAUACAUCAUUUCCAUACCAAUGCAGCUGAAGCUGUGUACCAAGAGAGCCUACCAAAGGAUCUGGAAUGACAAGGCCUCGACUUUGACCUUACUCGUUGGUCGCAUUGUCGUGUCUCUGAUAGUUGGGUCUAUCUUCUUCAAUACUCCAAAUGCCACCGCUGGCUUCUUCGCAAAAGGAUCAGUACUCUUCUUUGCAGUCUUACUCAACGCUUUAAUAAGUGUUACGGAAAUCAAUUCACUUUAUGACCAGCGGUCUAUUGUGGAAAAACAAGCGUCAUACGCCUUUGUUCACCCGUUCGCAGAGGCUCUCGGGGGGAUGAUUGCAGAUUUUCCGAUUAAGCUGAUAUCUGCAGCGGUAUUCAACGUGGUUCUCUACUUUCUGGGAGAUCUGCGCUAUACGGCAUCUCAAUUCUUCAUAUUUUUUCUUUUUAGUUUUUUGGCAACCAUGAUUAUGUCCGGUAUUUUCCGAACUCUUGCGGCUUUGACCCGGACUGUUGCACAGGCCAUGGCACUCGCCGGAGUCAUGAUCCUAGGCAUUGUGAUAUAUGCCGGAUUCGUGGUGCCCGUCCCGGAAAUGCACCCUUGGUUCUCUUGGAUACGAUGGAUCAACCCUCUCUUUUAUUGCUUCGAAAGUCUCAUCGCCAACGAGUUUCACGGACAAGAAUUUGAAUGCUCACAAUUUAUCCCUGGGUACCCGAGCUUGCCAGACAAUUCUUUCGUCUGUUCUAUCCCUGGUGCGAUCUCAGGAGCGAGAACCGUGUCUGGUGAUGCCUUUAUUUACGCCCAGUAUCGGUAUACUUAUUCCCACGAGUGGAGAAACCUUGGUAUUCUCAUUGCAUUUUGGAUCUUCUUUGCUUCCAUCUACCUGAUUGGAACUGAGCUGAACUCAGCAUCGACUUCCGCUGCUGAAUUUCUCAUUUAUCGCCGAGGUCACGUACCUAAAAGCGUGUUGAAUACUGCCCAGGAUACCGAGAAAGCUGUGACCACUCAGCCUAUGGCCUUCGACAUAGCAGCAGGAAGUAGCGGAACGCAACCUGUUGGCAUGGACAGUGCCAUUCCAGAACACCACGGCAUUGUCACUUGGCAGAAUUUGUGUUACGACAUUCCUGUGAAGGGUGGAGAACGCCGUCUUCUUGACAACGUAUCUGGUUGGGUCAAACCCGGCACUCUAACCGCGCUGAUGGGAGUAUCAGGGGCUGGAAAGACCACUUUACUGGAUGUUUUGGCAAAAAGAGUCUCAAUUGGAAUCGUCACUGGUGAUAUGCUGGUGAACGGUUCUCCUCUGCCUGCAAACUUUCAAAGAGAAACCGGCUAUGUGCAGCAGCAAGAUGUACAUCUCCCGACUUCAACCGUUCGAGAGGCCCUCAGAUUCAGUGCAAUGCUUCGACAGCCUAAAAGUGUCGCUAAAAAGGAAAAGUUUUCUUACGUUGAGCAAGUCAUCAGAAUGCUUAGAAUGGAAGAUUUUGCAGAGGCUGUCGUGGGCUCACCUGGAGAAGGUCUUAAUGUCGAGCAGAGAAAGCUCUUGACUAUUGGUGUUGAGCUUGCAGCAAAACCAGAAAUACUUUUGUUCCUUGACGAACCAACCAGCGGACUCGACUCACAGAGUGCAUGGUCUAUCUGCGCUUUUCUUCGAAAGCUCGCAGAUAAUGGGCAGGCUGUUCUCUCGACUAUUCACCAGCCUAGUGCGAUCUUGUUCCAGCAGUUUGAUCGACUUCUUUUCCUCGCGAAGGGUGGAAAGACCGUAUAUUUUGGUAACAUUGGAGAGCAGUCAAGAGUACUGCUUGACUAUUUUGAACGAAAUGGCGCCAGAAAAUGCGUUUCAUCUGAAAACCCUGCUGAAUAUAUGUUGGAGAUCAUUGGUGCCGGUGCUGCCGGUCAUGCUUCGAAGGACUGGCCAGUCGUCUGGAAACACAGCCCCGAGGCCCGUGAAGUGGAAGCCGAAUUGUUGCGUAUACAUACGUCAAAGGCUACUCCUGAUUCUAACCCCAACGAGGGUGUUGUGAAUCGCGGGGAACAAAACGAAUUUGCCAUGCCAUUACUCGAUCAAAUUCGGUGGGUGACUUACCGGGUCUUCCAACAAUACUGGCGUGAACCUUCUUAUAUAGGGGCAAAGUUCAUGCUUGGUAUUGUUUCAGCUCUAUUCAUCGGCUUCUCCUACUUCAAGCCAGGAACGUCCAUUCAAGGGAUACAAAACCACCUCUUCAGUUCCUUUAUGCUCACAUCAAUAUUCUCCACCUUGGUUCAACAGAUUAUGCCGAAGUUCGUCACUCAGCGCUCGCUGUACGAGGUUCGUGAAAGACCCUCGAAAGCAUACUCGUGGGCAGCUUUCAUUGCCUCCAAUAUAGCUGUUGAGAUACCGUAUCAGAUCUUGUUGGGAAUUUUGGUCUGGGCCAGCUACUAUUAUCCCAUCUAUGGAGCGAGCCAGGACUCUCAGGUACAAGCACUUAUGCUUCUAUUUGUGAUACAAUUUUUUGUGUUUACGUCCACCUUUGCCGGACUUGUUAUUUCCGCAUUGCCGGAUGCCGAGACAGGAGGCACUGUCGCAACAUUGGCGUUUACCCUUAUCCUGACAUUCAAUGGAGUGAUGCAGACUCCAACUGCGCUACCUGGAUUCUGGAUUUUCAUGUACCGCGUUUCGCCUUUAACCUACUUGGUUGCGGGCAUGUGCGGAAAUGCCCUUCACUCUCAAGUUGUGCAAUGCUCCAAUCGUGAGCUCAACGUGUUUAACCCUCCUGAAGGCCAGACGUGUGGUCAAUACCUGGCGGACUGGUUAGCAAAAGCUCCCGGGCAGCUUUACAACCCGUCCGCCACACAAAACUGCGAAUACUGUGCAUUCACAAAUGCAGACCAGUAUCUGGCAUUGAGUAAGAUCUACUACGACGAAAGAUGGCGCAACUGGGGCCUUGGGUGGGCUUAUAUUGGAUUCAACAUCGCUGCGGCUGCGGGCUUAUAUUAUCUAUUCCGCGUCCGCCAUUACAGGCCUACGUUGAUUGUUCGUGUUCUUGGGGUUUGCGGGGGGGUUUUACACAGAUUGUUCAAGAGAAGAUCGGGCAAAGUGCCGAGAGGUAAAGAAGCGGAAAAUGGCCGAGUGGUUUGA